GAAUAUGAGUACGUGUUGCCUUCUGUAUUGUAUUUUGUGCGACACCGUGUGCUUUUGGUGCACGUUGUUAAAUUGAUUUUUAUUUAUACAUGGCGGCGUAUUGAGGGGAAAGAUAGUUAUUUGUGACUGUUGUUAAAUACCUGACAAUGGAGUGCGAUAUUCUGGAUACUUUAGAGCAACUCGGGUAUACCGGGCCUUUACUGGAUGAAGAAACGCUUAUAAAAGCAUCAGAAAGCGGUUUGUCUUCCCACGAGUACGUAAAUCUUUGUGUGUGGCUGACAACCCAGCUAAAACAGCUUUGCAAUCUUGAGGAGAACAUCACAACUGCUUCAGAUGAUAUCGAGGGUCUUCAGCUUGAAAUCAGCGGUUUACUAAAAGAAAUGGGCUGUCCGUGUCCUCCACUCAUUACUGGAGAGGUCCAGGGAAGACUGAAGAACAAAACAAACUGUCUCAAGCUUCUCUUAUAUCUGAGUUCAGAGCUUCAAGCUGCGAUGAUAAUAGAAAGCAAAUUACAACCGAGCUGCACACCUGAGCAAAGAAACGUAGCCUUACAUGAUUUGAAGGCCAUCUGCAGAACACUUAAACUACCUGAGCCAAAGGAGAUCGACGCAAAGUUAUUUUCCAGCAUUGAGACAAAGAUAGAUGAUUUGUUUGCAAAAGCGCCAACGGACUGUGUAGGAAAGCCAGUACUGAAGUCAGGACUCAACUCUGAUCAGUGGGCAAAACUAGAGGAGAUCAACUCAGUACUUUCUGCCGAGUACGAAUGUCGCCGGAGGAUGUUAAUAAAAAGGCUUGACGUAACUGUACAGUCCUUCAGCUGGUCUGAAAGAGCAAAAGAUCAAAUAGAUAACAUGGCGAAAGCUUAUCAACCCAAAAGACAUUCACUUUCUUCCAAGACCACGGUAGGUCUUGCCCGCCUGCUAGCUGCUAGAGAAGACAUCUGCAACGUUGUAAAGACGAGCAGUGGAUCAACUAGAGAAAGGACAGUAUGCCCAAUUAAUAAGGUUCUGAUGGGAGGAGUGCCUGACCGUGGCGGACGACCUUCUGAGAUUGAGGCCCCGUGUCCAGAAAUGCCUCCCUGGCAGAAGAGGCAGGAUGGCGGUGGGAGGGGAGGCUGGGGAGGCAGAGGGGGAGGGAGAGGUGGGGGAGGCGGGCACUGGGGAAAAGGAGGAGGAGGAAGAAGAGGUUAUGGAGGAAGAGGAGGGUACAACCGUUAUUGAUUUGUUAUAUUCUAUUCAAAACACCAGGUGAAGUGUUAUUCCUUAUCUCUUGAAGUUAACUAUGUACACUAUAUGACCAUCAUGUUUACUCUUCUUUGUAUAGUGGGGAAUAAUUGAUGAUAAAAUAAUAGUCAACGAUUAUGUUGCAAUUUGUGUUUUUUAGAUGUUUUAUUUAAGAGGGAAUCUUUUUUUUUCAUUCAGAGGGAAAUAUUUUGUUUGAAUUGUUCAACUACAGAGUCAGAAUUAAGAUUAUUCCUACUGUGAACCCUCCCAACUGAAUGUAGUAAUACAGUAGAAGAGAGCUUGUAUGGUGUUCUAAGAUAAUGAAAUUUGAGUUUGGAAGGUCCUAAAAAACUUUUUUUUUUAAAGAGUGCUUUGUUUUUGUAUCAUCGUGAGUGUUUUCCUGAACUUAAAUAAAAAUUCACACAAUGCUUUA